AUGAAUCUGUACAUGAAGAUCACAGUCCUCCUUGUGUUUGUACGAUACGUGUCAGAUGAAUCUGUACAUGAAGAUCUGCUUUUGUGCCAAGCUCUCGAGACAACUACAAGAGGUGAGGAUAUAUUUAAGAUAUUAGCCACAUACUUCAGAAAAAAUGAUCUUAAUUGGAACCUUUGCAUUGCUGUUUGCACUGAUGGUGCAAAGGCAAUGACAGGCUCAGUAAAGGGUGUAAUUGGUCUCAUCAAAAAUGUUGCACCUGCUGUGGAGCAUAGACACUGUUGCCUUCAUAGAGAAGCACUAGCUGUGAAAAAGAUGCUAAGUGAUCUAAAAGAGACAAUUAAUGAAGUAAUCAAGGUAGUUAAUUUCAUCAAGGCUAAGCCUCUUCAUUCUCGAGUGUUUGCCUCAUUGUGUCAGGAGAUGGGACCCAUUCACAUAACCCUGUUGUUACAUACAGAAGUGCGUUGGUUAUCUCGUGGUAAAAUUCUUUCACGUGUGUAUGAAUUGAGGAAUGAGAUUGAAGUAUUUCUGAGGGAGCACAAGUCUUCUCUGUUAAGCCACUUCACUGAUGAAGUCUGGGUAUGCAAGGUGGCCUAUCUUGCAGAUAUAUUUUGGAAAUUCAAAGAGCUUAGCUUAUCAUGA